AUGCCAGAGACGCUGUUUCUGGCUGUCUCGCUGAUCGACCGCUACCUCGCGGUGGCCCAGGUGGCGCGCAAGAACCUGCAGCUGGUCGGCGUGACAGCCAUGCUCCUGGCUGCCAAGUACGAGGAGAUCUGGGCGCCAGAGGUGCGCGACUUUGUGUACAUCAGCGACAAGGCCUACGACCGCAAGCAGAUCCUGGCCAUGGAGCGCAGCAUGCUGGCCGCCCUGGAUUACCAGCUCACCAUGCCCACCAGCUACCAAUACCUGGCGCGGCUGCUCAAGGCGGCCGGCGUGCACUACGAGAAGCCCCUGGCGCUGUUCGUGGCCUACUGCGCGGAGCUCUGCCUCGUGGACUACUCCUGCCUGCGCUUCAGCAGCACAGAGGUCGCGGCAGCCAUCAUGUACGUCGCAAUGCGCGCCUUCGGCAAGGCCGACCCCUACCCUCAAGCCCUGGCGCGCCACGCGCGCGUCCCCCGCGACGGCGCCCUGGAGGCUGCCCAGCACGUCGUGCGGCUCCUGCUGGCGGCGGGCUGCGGCAGCCUGCAGGCAGUGCGCAAAAAGUACUCGACAGCCAAGUUUUGCGAGGCCUCGGCAGUGGCGGCGCCGGCAGACAUCCUGGAUGAGGUUGCUGGGGCCGCCGGGCAGGGCGGGGCCUGA